AUGAACAUCCUCGCCCGAUGUCGACCGGGUGGAAUUAUCUCUUCAAGCUCGCGCCGCACAGCGGCUGGGUGUCUGUGCUCACUUGACAGACCGCACCGGCACGUCAAGCCAAGUGUGCUCAGCAUCCCUCGGCUGUUCGGCACCAAUGCCAGAACUGCGGAAACAGCCUCUGAGCUGGACGAAGACGAAGCACCUCUGAAGUUGGAAGAUGAUGGUCAAUACGAGAUUAUUGUGCCCAAAGACCCAUUUGCACGUCCUGUGUUUUCUCCGCCAUUGCACGUUCCGCCGCAUAUCAUCCGUCCUCUUUACGCCACACCUGAGAUGCUAGAGAAGUACAACAGAAGCGGCCAUCUCUCAGAACCAUAUAUCGGAGAUGGACGUAUCAGUUUGGGAAGUGAGGACGAAUUCAAGCUUCGUAGAGCAGCUAGGCUAGCAAGACGCGUUCUGAAUUAUGCAGGCAGCCUGGUAGUGCCAGGUGCGACGACAGAAAAAAUUGACGAGAAUGUUCAUGACUUCAUCAUCAAACACGAUGCGUAUCCUUCACCGCUACAGUACUCUGGCUUCCCGAAGUCGUGCUGCACGAGCGUGAAUAACAUAGUAGUCCACGGUAUACCUGAUACGCGACCUCUCAAUGACGGCGACAUUGUGAACAUUGACAUAACUGUCUACUUGAACGGCUACCAUGGGGAUACUUCUAAGACCUUCUUAGUCGGUGAUGUGGAUAAAAUAGGACGAGACUUGGUCAAAGUCAGCGAGGAAGCUCUUGAGGCAGGUAUCCGUGCAUGUGGACCAGGACGACCAUUGAGAGGCAUCGCGAGAGCUAUCCAUGAGGUUGUGAAGGAUAGAGGAUACGUUGUCUGUCCUGCAUUCACCGGUCAUGGUAUUGGGUCGGUCUUCCAUCGCCCGCCAUGGGUAUGGCACGACCUGAACGAAGAGCCAGGUGAUAUGAUGCCUGGGCAGUGCUUUACGAUCGAGCCUGCGAUUAUCAAAGGCUUGAACAAUAACCAUGUGAUCUUCGGUGACGAUUGGACAGCAUCCACAAUGAACUGGGCUCGAUCCGCACAAGCAGAGCAUAUGGUACUCAUCACUGACACGGGAGCGGAUGUCCUCACACGCGACGACUCUGCCUUCGCCGUAGGAGAAAAGUAA